AGAGAAAGUGCGCGUGCGGGCGGGCGUGCGUGCGUGCGAGCGUGCGUGUGUGGUUGUGGGGGAAGGGGGAAGGAGGCGCGUCUCUGUCAGCAAGGCACGUCGGUCGCGACGCGAUGCGCGCGCUGAGGAGCAGAAAUGGUGGCAAGCUGCGUUGUGAGGCGCGGCGUCUGUGUAGCGCGUCCCUUUUCAAAAUGCGGAUGCGCCUGCGCCUCGCGCUUUCCUUCAUGCACACUCCUUAUGGCCCUGCGCGCGCGCUCGAGCGCGCUGCUGGGCCACAAGCGCUGUGGCCCGAACGCAUCGGCCGAUGCGCCGAAGGCGAGCCGGCGCCUCGUUGCGGCACAUGUGCCGCUCGCUCAGCAGCGUGGUACUCACAUCAGAUCGAGGCUAUCUCCGAGUUGAUGUGCUCGCGACAGACUUUGAGGUCGUUGCGAGAGGUCAAGCAGAUACUUGACUGAAAUGCUUUGCAGGCCAAAUGCGAGACCUGCGACGGCUUGUUAUGGUCCGGCUCUGUUU